UCUGCCCGCGGUGUUCCGUCUUGAUUCUUUUAGAAUUAACUUAGCCCCCUUCAUCUUUGCUAAUUUCUUAAAAAUAAUGGUAUUUUUGUGAAUCCUAGAAACAAAACUCUCAUUUUCCAAUUUUCAGCAGCAAAGGGGAAAGGGGAUGAGCAUUCCAAAUGGAGGCCAGAGAUAACCAAACCCCACAAGGCGAAAUAGCUCGAAUUCUAGUUGAAUUCCUCGAGGUUGCCAUUACUUCAAUCGUUUUCCUCAAAGGAGUCUAUCCAACUGGGGCUUUUGAGCGGCGGCGGUACAUGAAUUUAGUAGUCCACAAAGCCAAGCAUCCUCAGCUAUAUGAUUAUAUUCACGUCGCUGUUAAUGGCCUCCUUCCUUUCCUCACGAAGGAUAUAAUUGAUCGAGUAGCUGUGGUUUUCCUGGAUGAUGAUGCUUUGCCGAUUGAGAGAUUUGUAUUCAAGCUUAAUGUUAAUCAGUCAUAUAGUUCAAAGGUGCAGCAAGCUGAUCUGGAGUUCUCUCUUAGGUCAUUCUUGAUUAAACUACCUCUUUCGGAACCUCUAACCAAGGUUCUGCCACCGAAUUGCAGGUGGGAAAUCACUGCUUACUUCCGCGGUCUGCCUCAAUCUAGCACCAGCAAAGAUGUAGAGACGUGGAUCCCAUCAGAUGCGAAACAGUGGCAGCAACCACCAGUGAUCACCCCAAUUAAGUCCAUGAGCAGUGAACCUCUUGGUGUGCAAGUUUACGCAGAAGACCCUAAUCCGUCUGUGUCAUAGGCUUGGUAGGUCAGAGUGGCUGUGGCUGUGGCUGGAGCUUGACCAUGACUCCACAUGGAGUGGUUCAGCGAAUUAUGGUCUCGUGUAAAUGUGCGUAACGCGAUAGUUUGAUAUCACUCUAUUGUGUGUAUAUUGACUUGGUAUGCCUCAAGGUUUCUAGCAUCUAAAUUAAUAGUGAUCGAAGUGAGCUUUUUGUGGAUAA